CUGGCGCGGCCGGCCGGCGCAUGCGCGCGGCGGCGGCGUUGUGGGGGGAGCGCGGGGAGCCCACGCCCGCGGAGACAGCUCCCCUUUCUAGUAACUUCCCCGAUGCGGCGCGUCAUCAGCGCGCGCCGCGGCCGAGCCGGGUAGUUUCCGUUCGGCGCUGCGGGAGCGAGUGCCGCGGGGGCGCGAGGCCGCGGCGCGCAGGGCAGGGCCCGCCCGCAGCCGCCGGGAGCCGCGCGGUCCGAGCCAGCCGGGCCCCGCCCGCCAUGUCGGAGAGCGCAGGCAGCCCCGCCGGGGGCCGCAGCCCCCCGGACUCCCCCGCCCAGGGCUCCGCCGCCGCCGAGCCGCGGAUCAUCAAAGUCACGGUGAAGACCCCGAAGGAGAAGGAGGAGUUCGCCGUCUCCGAGACCAGCAGCAUCCGGCAGUUCAAGGAAGAAAUCUCUAAGCGUUUCAAGUCCCACACCGAUCAACUUGUGUUGAUAUUUGCUGGAAAAAUUUUAAAGGAUCAAGAUACUUUGACUCAGCAUGGAAUUCAUGAUGGACUCACUGUUCACCUGGUCAUCAAAACACAAAACAGAUCACAAGACCACCCAGCUCCACAAACAAGUACCACUGGGAGUACUGCUACUACAUCAACGUCAAGCAGUAGUACCUCAACACCAGCUUCAACAAAUAGCAACCCUUUUGGCUUGGGUGGCCUUGGAGGUUUGGCAGGUCUGAGCAGCCUGGGCUUAAAUACAUCAAACUUUUCAGAGCUGCAAAGUCAGAUGCAACGACAACUUAUGUCCAACCCGGAAAUGAUGGUUCAGAUAAUGGAAAAUCCAUUUGUUCAGAGCAUGCUUUCAAAUCCUGACCUGAUGAGGCAGUUAAUUAUGGCCAACCCUCAAAUGCAGCAACUGAUACAGAGAAAUCCAGAAAUCAGUCACAUGCUGAAUAAUCCAGAUAUAAUGAGACAGACACUAGAACUUGCUAGAAACCCUGCAAUGAUGCAGGAAAUGAUGCGAAACCAAGACCGAGCCUUGAGCAACCUUGAAAGUAUACCGGGUGGAUACAAUGCCUUGCGACGUAUGUACACAGACAUUCAGGAGCCAAUGUUGAAUGCAGCACAGGAACAGUUUGGAGGUAAUCCAUUUGCUUCUUUAGUAAGCAAUGCAUCAUCGGGAGGGGAAAGCCAGCCGUCUCGUACAGAAAAUAGAGAUCCUUUACCAAAUCCCUGGGCUCCUCAGUCGAGCUCUCAGAGUUCCACAAGUACCAGCACCAGUGGAGAGAGCGGUGGCGGUAGUAAUGUUGGAAAUAGCACCUCUGGCAAUACAGGACAGAGCUCAACUAUACCAAAUUUGGGACCUGGACUAGGAGCUGGUAUGUUCAACACACCAGGAAUGCAGAGCUUGUUACAGCAGAUAACAGAAAAUCCACAGCUUAUGCAGAAUAUGUUGUCUGCACCAUACAUGAGAAGCAUGAUGCAGUCAUUAAGCCAGAAUCCUGAUCUUGCAGUACAGAUGAUGCUGAAUAAUCCUUUAUUUGCUGGAAAUCCUCAACUUCAGGAACAAAUGAGACAACAUCUUCCUACUUUUCUUCAGCAAAUGCAGAAUCCUGACACAUUAUCAGCUAUGUCAAACCCUAGAGCAAUGCAGGCUUUGCUACAGAUUCAGCAGGGCUUGCAGACACUAGCAACAGAAGCACCAGGACUUAUACCAGCAUUUAAUCCUGGUUUAGGUGGAUUGGGAAGCACUGGAGCUCCUACAGGGUCCACUGUCCCUAGUUCUGUUCCUAGUGAAAAUACAAGCCCAGCAUCAGGAGCUGCUGAACCUAGUCACCAGCAGUUUGUCCAGCAGAUGUUGCAGGCGCUUGCUGGUGCAAAUGCCCAGCAGUUACAAAAUCCAGAAGUUAGAUUUCAGCAACAACUGGAGCAGCUGAGUGCAAUGGGCUUUUUGAACCGUGAAGCAAACUUACAAGCUCUAAUAGCAACAGGAGGAGAUAUCAAUGCAGCUAUUGAAAGGCUGCUUGGCUCUCAGCCUUCAUAGCAGUGUUUCUUUAACUUGAAAAAAUGUAAUUUAUUUUUGAUAACAGCUCUUAAAUCUUUAAAAUACUUGCUUUAUUUCAUUCAGACUCUUGGGAUUGUCUUGUUAUAACUAAAAUCAGUCCGAUGCAUUUUAAGGUGGAGUGCAGUAGUUUUCUUCAAACAGUGGGAAUCAGUGCAUUUUCACUCAGUUGUUGCAUGCAUCACACUUCUUUGUUCUGCAUUAUUUGUGAUUUUUUGAAACAAUAUCAGCUUUCACAGUUGGGUGAGCAGGUUUUGUCUGACCUACAACUGUCGAAUUUAUUUACUACUUAAACAUUAGCCUUCAGUAGUAAUUUAUGUAGAAUACAAAUUAAAAAGGAACAAAUUAAUUGAAGCUAUAAUUUGUGGGUACCAAUACUGCUUAUUGUGACUUCGGCAUGUAUUUUUUGCUAGCAAAAUGCUGUAAGAUUUAUACCACUUGAGUAAUCUACCAUUUUUGCUUUUAUUUGUAUAAAGUAUAAACACAAUAUAUACAAUGGAGACAGCUCAUUUCUAGAAAUUUACACAUUGCAAUAGAAUGAAAUUAUAAGUAACCAAAAAAAGCCAGGAAAAAAAAAAAGUUGUAAGACAUGUUUUCAGUGUAGAAUCUUCCAGCAUCUUUGGUAAACAUCUCAGCAAAAAUGCUUAGGCAAAUUCAUUUAAAAUAUACUAGAAUUGCUGUUCUGGUUAUCUCUUUACAUCUAAUUGUACAGAAACUUGCAUUGUAACAUUGUCUCAAUAUUCACAAAGAUUAACUGUAAAUUACCUUAACCUUUGUGCAAAUUAAAGGAGCACUGCCUUGUGCUCCGAAACUGCUUCUAAGGCUUUUUGGCUUGUUCCAUUGAGAUUCUAACAUGUAUUAUGAUUUGUAAUUGGAAGCAUUACUUUCACUCAUUGUCAUGUGAUAUUCUAAUUACUUUUAACCACCAUGUAAAAAAUACUGUAUAUCUUUUGAGUUUUUAUUGGUAGUUACUUCUCUUGUGCACAGGUAAUAAAUGAAUUAAAAAAUCUUUAAGCAUCUUG